ACAUAUAAGACUAAACCCUGUUUCACCGACACUUUUAACUUCUUAUUAGAACAGAAUUCGCUAUAUUUACGAUUUGCUAUUAUAAAAUAAUGUUAUUUGGAUAAAUAUGCCUUAGUGGAUAACAUAUUUAUUUUUAACAAAUGUAAAAAACGUUAUUUAAUAAAGAAUGAAGAUGAUCUUGGCCUAUCCGUUUUCCGGUUUUUAAAUCUUGAAAUAACGUUUGCCAAACGAGAAUGUCAAUAUCACAGUUUUAGAAUUAUUUUGGAUUUUGAGAAGCAGGAAGAACUGAUUUAUUGAUACUAUAAAAAUGAGCGUGGAAGUAAAAUUGUUUGAUUCGAGUUCUACGGAUCCAGUAGUCCGGGAAAGGGGAUUAUGCAUAGAAAACUGUUGUAAAACCCGACCAUAUGUAGUGGCGCUUGAGGAGUGUACUAAAAGGGUGAUCAAGAAGGCUUCUUACACGGCUGAGACUUGCCAUUGUGAAAUUAUAGACCUCAUGGAAGCCCUUGACAGAUGUGUGAAGAGCAAGGCAUUUUUGGAAUUGGCUUAGGACCCUCAAUUCGACUGGUUAUCUAGAAUGGCUUUGGUACUUUGGUACUCCGGUACUUGGUAGUUAGUUUCUUCUA